CGAUUUAGCCAAAAAGGGUUCUUGAUGAUCGCCGGCUUCUCUCACCCAAGUGAUGCAGAAGUUGAUGACAUUGCUCCCUGGAUGCCGCAAACACCUGUGAUCCACCCUCGCCUGGAUGUGGAGACUGCCUUGUAUAUCAUCACCCGGGUAGGGGACAAGUUCUGUGAGCUGGUCAUGCAGGAGCAGGCUGCCAUGUCAUGGGCAGGAGAACACCAAGACAAGAUAGCAUGGAAGCGUCAGGUGCAGGGCGUGCGUGAAAUGUGUGAUGUGUGCGACACCACAUUGUUCAACAUGCACUGGGUGUGUCAGAAGUGCGGCUUUGUCGUCUGCCUGGACUGCUACAAGGUGAAGAAGGACAAUGCUGUCUCCGAGUAUGACAUGGAGGAAGAGUCAAAGGAAGGUGACGAACACAACUGGUUGACAUGCAGCUCCAACAGACAGCCUCACGACCCUGACAAGCUGAUGCUUACACAGAUCAUCCCUGGAGAUGCAUUGUGGGAGGUUGGUAGGCUGAUCCAUGAAGUCCGUCCAAAGUGGUCCAUCCCAGUGUACUGCCCCUGUGGUGCCGGGGAUGACCUCGUCUUACCACCCAAGAAUGGGGUCAGCCAGCAACUUCUCCAUGCAGUCAACAACUGCAUAUCUCCAGAGGGGAAGAAACUGGUCAAUGGAUUUGGUCACAAUGGCGGUCACAACCACCAUGGCAAAAAGCUCAGUUCAUCCUAUCCAGAUGGCUUACUUAAUUCCAAAGAUGCUCUCUCCAAUGGCCCCCUUAGCCAGAGCAUGAAUUCUGUAGGCAGCAAGGGGAUGGCAGGGGGGAACAUUGACCCUCUCAGCUUACUGGCAGAUGUGGCUUCCAUGGACUCGGAGAAAAACAAAGGACAGAAUAAACAGGAGUCUCUGAACAAAAUCAGGGAAAAGAAAAACGCCUCAGACUUUCCUUCUUACCAAGAAACCAAGGCCUACACCCUGAAUGCUCCCGCCAUUAACUCAGCCCAGAUAGGGAAGAAUUUGCCCGCUAACUUGGAGGCUGGUUUAGUGUGUGGGCCAGAGUGUACGGGGGACCACAAGGGCCACCACAAUGCAGACAACUGUUCCACCUUGAAGAUGCUUCUCACCAAGAGAGCCAAGAUGAAUAACAGCAGUGUGGUAGGGGAUGGGAAGAUGUACACCAGCACCUUGAGUGAGAUCAUCCAGUCUGUGGUGGAGAAAAAUUUGCCACGUGAGGAUGCCAAGCUGAUGGACGGAACCACUCCGAGUCCACUGAAACUGAUGCACUAUAUCCCAAAGAACGGCUCUGCCCCCAUGUCUGGGCGUGAGGCCCCCAUCCCAGUACACAACCUUACCGAGACUAGUCUUCUUUACCCAGAUGUGCCUCACACUUGGCUGUGUGACGGACGCCUCCUGCGCCUGCACGACCCCCGCCACGCUAACAACCUCCAGUUGUUCCAGGAUCAGUGGAGGCUGGGGCUGCCUGUCAUGGUGUCUGGGUUGGAGAAGCUCCUGAACAUGGAUCUGUGGAAGCCAGAGACCUUUGCCAAAGAGUUUGGUCAUCUGGAGAAUGACCUGGUCAAUUGCCUGACUGGUGUGGUCAUUGUGGGUCAGAAAAUGAAAGCCUUUUGGGAAGGCUUUGAAGUCUGUAGAGAGCGACUGCUGGAUGAUGAUGAUGAGCCGAUGGUGAUGAAGCUGAAGGACUGGCCUCCUGGGGAGGACUUCAGUGAUUUGUUACCCACACGGUUCCAGGACCUGAUGCAGGCCCUGCCUGUCCCUGAGUACACCCAUCGCACUGGCCGCCUCAACCUGGCCUCCAGGCUGCCGGACUUCUUUGUCAGGCCCGACCUCGGCCCCAAGAUGUACAAUGCUUAUGGACUUGCCCACAAGACUGAGACAGGCACCACCAACUUGCAUUUAGAUGUCUCUGACGCUGUCAAUGUGAUGAUGUAUGUGGGAAUACCAGUGGAUGACAAGGAAGAAUAUGAAAGGGCAGCCAUACGAGCUAUUAAUGAGGCUGGGGCUGACCUCCUCACAAAACGGAGGGUGGUCGAAAUGAAGGAAAAACCAGGAGCUCUUUGGCACAUAUAUGAUGCUCAAGAUGCAGACAAGAUUCGGGACUUCCUAAACAAGGUUGCCAAGGAGACAGGGGAGGCCAUUGAGCCCGACCAUGAUCCCAUCCAUGACCAGUCCUGGUACUUGAACAAAGAACUGAGGGAGCGUCUGCUGAAGGAGUAUGGAGUCCAGGGCCACUGUAUUGUGCAGUGCCUGGGGGAUGCCAUCUUUAUUCCAGGGGGUGCCCCACAUCAGGUUCAGAAUCUUCAUAGCUGUAUUAAAGUGGCUGAGGACUUUGUUUCGCCAGAACAUCUAAACCAUUGUUUCAAACUAACUCAGGAGUUCCGUCACUUGUCUGACACCCACAGUAACCAUGAGGACAAACUACAGGUGAAGAACAUCAUCUUCCAUGCUGUCAAGGAUGCUGUGGCUGUCCUGCAUGAAAACGACCCUAAGGAUUAUCUUGGCAAGAGAUAAAAAAAUUGAUACCACACAGGCAGACUAAAUGACAAAAGUUGACAACCAAAUAAUACAAGACUGGAGCAAAAAAUGGAUACUGGAGCCUGGAUUGGAUGGUUCCAUGAAGAUGAUGAAAUCUGAAACUAGUGAAUGUCAGAGUACCCUGCUGUGCUCUGAAUGCAACUUGGAAGUGGAAAUGGAUUGCUUUCUACACAGGGAAUAUCAGAAAUAAUGUAUAAAGAAGUAUAUCGAAACCAUAUUUUGUGGAAUUAUACUACAACAACAGGAUUAUUUCUUAUUUAUGUGGAGUUAUUUAAAGGCAGACUACAUUAAAGUGCUGCAAAACUGGAUUAUUUAAUGACUUGCAAAGCGAUAGAGAAGAGGAUUUUGGCUUUGGGCACACUAUUGUUGUACUUAUUAUUGGAAACUUAUUUUCCCCCCCUGGAGCCGUCUUUGAAUCUUGGCUGGCCAGGGUGGACUGGGGACUGCAGCUUGACUUAAGCAACAUGGUGGACAUCAAUAUUCACAUUACGUGUGUCUUCAAGGAAGACAGACUGGUCAUUAAUUAUUACGUUCAUCUUUUCAUUCAUCAUUGUCAUCGGUGGCUUAACAUUACUUUAAAUGUGUGUGUGUGUAGUAGAUUGGAUCUUUUUUUUUUUUUUUCAAUCAUUAUAUAAAGUAAGACUAUGUCUUAUAUACAGAGUACAAAUUCAUCGAAGUAAUAUAUGAGUACUAUUGUAUAAUGUGACAUUCUAAGAGUAAGAUCACAAUCCCUAUUGGAGGAUUGAUCCAAUAUAUAAAAGCACUGCCAGGGUGGGCUGGGGGGGAGGGGCGCUUAGAGAAGUUAUUUUCCAAUCAGAUAAUGAUUUUUCAAUCAAAUGAUUUAAUAAUAUACUGUUGCUGUUAGCAUUGGAGGUGUUGUAUGAACUGUUGUAAAAAUAUCAAAUCUUGGGGGAAAUGUAUCAAGAGAAGUUUGUGGGAAAGCUUUCAGUGCCACUGAUGCUGUUGGAGCGAAGGAUGUGUGAAGGCGUACAGAAUAGUAGGGCAGAAUUUUAUUACGAGGUAAAUGCCAUGUUGUUGAGCUGUUUGAAAUGUAGGUUUACAUUGGCUAAGUUUAGUCUUAAAUGUUUUGACUACUCUUAUAAAGUAACAGUUUUACUUUUGAUUAAAUCGUCUUUUCUGACUUGGUUUCUAGUACUUGACAACACAGGACUGGUGAAGUUCAGUGGAGUUUUUGAAGGAAAUUCCUGUGAAAUGUUAUGAAGUUUUGUAAAUAGGCGUUGUACAUUUGUGCAUAGUAUAAUGAGUGAGUUUAGACAAGCAGCAAAGCAGAGUUAUACUUAAAAAGAUAAGGGGGACAUUUGAACUAGGAACUCAACACUGGAAUCAUUUUGGCCAGUGGAUCUUUCAAAAGGGUCUGGCUUCAUUUGCAUUCUACUUUUUAAAUAAGUUUUAGCUUCUAGUUGCCCUACUGUUGAUAGCACCUUUGUCACUGUUGCUGUGUUUGGGGUUGCUUCUGUUGAAAACUACAUCAUGGCUUCAUAUUGUUUCCAAUUGUUUGCUGCAGAUAUCUGGUCUCACUUGAAGUUGCUGCUUUGUUCACUGUUCAGAAAGAUUUCUCUCUAGACUUGGCUGCUGUAUAUAAAUAGGACUAUUUUUAUACAAAACUACUGUCAAGCAUGUGUGUUAAGUGGUAAUAUACUUGUAAUUUGCUAUGAAAGAAGCAGAAUGAAGCACACGUCUUGAUUAGACUUUUAGAAAAACAUUCUCCCACCAUUCUUAAUAAAAAAAAUCUAUUCAUGAUAAAUGUUUUGUCUGUUUUUCUUUAUGUUAUUUAAAAAUAAAUUUCUACAUAAAGUGAAUGACUAACAACGCAAAUUAUAUUUGCAAGCAAUGUACAAAUACUGUAAAAAGUUUCUCAUACAAAAAAGCUAAAAUAGCAAAAGUAACUGCAGUUUAAUCUAUAAUGAUGACAAAAAACUUUAAAUGAAAGUGGCACAAAAAAAUCAUGUAAAAAAACAUUUCACUUUUUUAAAUAAAGACUGUCUUACAUAAGAAAAAAGGUAACUGUAAGAGACAAAAAUAUUCUACCUUGAAGCCAUAUUUACCUGUUCUAGCCUUUCUUAGAUGAUUAAGUAAAACAAAUAAUCCUCAAAUAUCUCUGAGAAUUAAAAAAAAAAAAAAA